AUGCGUUUUUUGCCCUUUUAUGGAGUACUUACCAUAAUAUAUAAUUUAAUAAUAAAUUAUUGCUUGUUCAUAAAAAAAAAAAAUUUUCCAUUUAUUGGAAAAAAAAAACUGUUCAUAAAUUAUGCUCUAAGUAAGCAUAAGAAGGGAUUUAAAACAAGGGGAAACGAUCAUAACUAUAGCAGUUGUAACUGUAGUAGUAUUAGCGAUGGUUAUAAUGAGAAUGAUGCAAUAAUUUAUGGUGAUAAAUGCAGCUAUAACUCUUAUCAAGAUGGUUUUGUAAGUACGUUGGAAUCCCCAAUAAUUGGUUUAAAAAUUGGGCAAAAACUGAACAAAGAAAAAUUAACAAAAAAUAAAAAAAAUACGUCAUUAUUCCUUCUUAACAACAGCAAUAACAAAUUAAAUUUUAAACUAAAAAAAGAGCUUUUUUUAUGUAGAAACAGGAGUCUACUAAAUAAUUUAUUAUGUCUUUAUUAUUUACCAAAUGUAUCUAAGGCAUACUUAAAGGGUAUGUUAGAGUCCUUCAGUUUGAACGAUUUGCUUAUAAAAGAAAAUAUUUUAUAUCAUUUAAGUUUUAGAUAUCUACUUACAGGAAACCAAAGUAGGAAAAAGGAUUGUAGUAAGGAUCAACAUGAAGAGCUACUAAAGGAACUUGAAAAAGACAAUUAUAAAUUUAUCCUGAAUCAUGCAAGGAUAUUAAAGAAGUAUGUUAAGAAAAUGAGGAGAGAGCAGAAGGAGCAGGAGGGGGAGAAAAAUUCGAAACAAUUUUUUAAAGGAAAAGUCGAACAAAUGGAGACACAAACAGAUGAAAGGUCAACCCCCCCGUACAACAAAAUUAUAGAUAUUCAUUUAAAAAUGCGAAAAAAAAUGAACAUCAUCUUUGUGAGUAUAAAUAAGGAAAAUAAUAUUUACAAUAUGUACAAAAAGGUUAAGAGAAAUAUCACGUUUUAUGAUUUUUAUGAUCGGUUAAUAAUUUUAAAUUAUUUUUACCGUAAUGAGGAAUAUAGACUGUUAUUGCUUUUUUUCAAAAAUUAUGUAUACAAAAUGCUUAGUAUAAAUAAUAUAUUUAUCAUAAAUUUUAUUAAUAAAUUAAAUAAAAAAAAUAUUUUAAGUGAUUAUUUAAUAAACCCUAAUUUUACAUAUAACAAUUUACUCAGUGGUACCUCAUUAUUACACACUAAUAAUACAGACAAGUAUAAAAUAAAAUUAUUGCCUGUUAAUAAAUUUAAUUUUUUUAAUAGUUAUAUGAAAGAUCAGGUAUAUUUUAAGAACAAACGUUGCACAUACUCAGAUAUCAAUUUUUUGACUUAUGUCUAUAUGUUAAAAUGCUUUUUAAAAAGAAGAAAUUACUAUUUUUUAGAGUUAUUUAUGAAGCAAUUUUGCCUGUACUAUUCAGAAAAUAUAAAUAUUUUAUAUGACCAUUAUUGGUACUAUUUUUUUAUAACACUAUCCUUUUCAAUGAAGAUUUUUUAUGAAAAAAAAAAGUUUCAUGUGAUAAAUUAUGAACAUACUAAUUUAAUAGAAGAUCAAAACAACCCUUUUAUAAAUCAUAUUAAUAUAUUCAAUGAAGACAUUUUCACGAAUACGAAUAAUUAUAAUACUUCCCACUGCAAACAUUUGAACAGUAAGAUAAUAUCGUAUAUAGAACAAAAUAUUGCUCAGCUUAAUAGUAUUUCCGGGGAAGGCGGCAUUUUCAAAUCGUUCUCUCUCUUGCUAAUGUUACAGUACGUUUUCCUGCUUCACUUGAACAUUGACACUGUUGAUUUUGUGAACAAACAAUCUGCGUAUUAUUUCGCAAAUAAUAUGGCAAAUAAUACGGCAAAUAAUACGGCAAAUAAUAUGGCAAAUAAUAUGGCAAACCAUGUUACUAGCCAUAUCGCUAGCCAUUGUUCGAAUGACCCUCUUCAGAACGGGAUAAUGAAUAACAGUUAUGAAAAUAUAACAAAGAGGAAGAAGAAAGUGAAUAAAAUUGAAGAGCUUAAGAAUAUAACAGCACACGAAAAUGAACUCCUCCCGAAAAGGAAAAAAAAUAGUUCAUUCACUAUUGAGGGAAACAAGAAUUCUGGGGUUUUAAAAUAUGCCGCAGGGAGUUUUGAUAAUACUAAAAAUUUUCUUUUGAGAUCACUUUUACGGAAAAAAAAAGAAGACAAAAAAGAAGAAGAAACGCUUCACUCAUUUCUGCUGUGUACAGAAAAAAGAAAAAAAAUUUUUUCCAUCAUCAUUAAAGGGUAUAAAGAAAUUUUAAGAAGCAGCACAUACAAAACAGUAAAUGAAACAAUUCUUAUGUACAAUAACACCUUUGAAGAGUUACAUAUGUUCAUGGAGAAUUACAUAACUGACAUAGUAUCUAAAUCACUAAGGCAGAGCAACGAAAUGAUUAUUGAGUUGAUGUUCAAUGUGAAAAGUAUACUAUCCAUGUGCAAAAUUAAUAUAUGCUUUUUUUUUAUGCUCCUAUCCACAUUUGAUACAUAUAAUUUUAAUACACUUGCUCUGCACCUUCUAUACGAAAAUAAUAAAUUUAUGAAGAGUGUAAAACGAGGAAUACACAAAAUGAUAGUAGACAGAUUUAAAAAAUUGAAAUGCCCAAUUGAAGAAAACAAUAAAUUUAUCUUUCAAUUUGAAAAGGUGUUGCUUGAAUAUAACACUAUUUAUAGUAUUUAUAAGAGUAUAAUUAAAUGUAACAAUAAGGAAAAGAUCAAAAUUUUAAUGAAAAAAUUAAUGAAUAAGGAUAAAACAAAUACAGACAUAUUUCAAAGAAUAUUUAAGACACCCAUUUUAGCGCUGAACUUAAAACAGAUAUUUUUUAUUUUCUAUUCUUUAAAUAAUUAUAAUCUGCAUAAUGAAAUUAUUCAUCUGUUUUGGCACAUUAUGAAAUAUGCGCAUUUUAAGAAGUCAUUUUAUAACAUCAUGUCGAAAAAAAAAAAAAAGCAAAAGAAAAAUACAUGGAAUAAAAUAAUCAAAGAAAAAUAUAAUUUGUGCAAAAAAAUUCUUUUCAUUUAUUUUGAUUCUACUUUGCGUAUGGAUAAUUCCUAUCAUUUUUCAGAAGGAGCAAAUUAUAUGAAAAGUUUUAAAAAAUUUUUUUUUUUUUACCGUAACCCUUUAUAUAUAUUUAAUUACUUCAUAAAAAAGUACAAAAGUGAGAAAUGCAAAAUUGAAAAGCUCAAAACUGAAAAGUGUAAAAUAUAUACGAAAUCAAUUAAAGAGGGCGGUGAAAAUGAGGAGAUGAAAGAGGAACUACAAAAAAUAGAAGAGGACAAUUUUUUUGAUAGGCAAAAUAUUAAAAAAUUAAAAGACGGUAAAAUUUUUAAAUGCUUUUUCUUGGAAAAAAUAUAUACCCUGGUAAGUGAAAAGGAGUAUACAUUACUUUUCAACGGGUUAAUGAAUUAUUUAUAUAAAAAUAAUACAACACUGAAUUGUGAAGUAACUAGGACGAGUAAGAAUGAAGGAGUACAUCUGCAUGUUCAGUACGUAUAUUUAUACUUUUACCUUACAUGGAAAGGCUAUUUAAAGAGGCAUAAAAUUUCGAACAUUAAUUUUUUAACAUUUUUGAAGACAUGUUUGCUAAUGGAUGAUAUGGAUAAAUUUCAAAAAACUCUUUUAUUAAAUCAAAAUAUAGCAUGUAAAAAUUAUCUUUUUAUUAAUUCUUUUUUAAAUAAUCAUCUUGUUCAGUGCAAAACGGGAAUAGAAAUUUUAAGAAAUUAUUUAGCUGCACCAGUUGAUAUAUAUAUUAUGCACAAAGGUCAGCUGAUUAUUUUUAAUUUAAAUUAUUAUGAAAUUAUAAAAAGAAUAGACGAAUUUGUCAAGUAUAAGACUAAAACACAUCUUAUCUUUUUUAUUGAUUAUCGAAAGAUUUUCAUUAGUUUAAUGAAUUUAGAAUACUUCUUCAGUCUUGCAUUUUUAUACAAGGACAAAUUUUUAAAAUUCCUUGGUCAGGAAGAAAUAAUAUUAAAUCACGAUAAUUUUUUCAACAUUUCUGAAUUUGUCAUAUUUUAUGGAAAAUGUAUAAAAAAAAAAAAAAAAAUUCUUCACUUUUUUUAUACCCAUUAUAAAAGCUUUUAUAUUUGUGCAAAUAAAAAUAUUAAAGAUGCAUUCAUAGUUACUUUGAAGUAG